CUCGGAUGGUAGUAUAUCAUUCCAUUGGAGUCUCUCGAACAAAUUCGCCGUAAAACUUCCAGGAGAAAUCGUUCAUCUUUUGCAGUUUCUCGAUUAGUUCUGAUCAUGGCGUUGAACACAGGACUCAGAUCUAUCUCAAGGAUCAUAGCUUCUUCCGAAUCAUCUGUCUCCAGAUCUGUGAGCAGAAGCUUCCACUCUACUGGAGCUAAGAAGAUGAGCGGAGGACAUGGUCAUGACGAGCCAUACUACCUCCACGCGAAGCACAUGUACAAUUUGGACCGCAUGAAGUUCCAAGGUCUCAAGAUGUCUCUCGCUGUCUUCACAGCUUUCAGUAUCGGUGUUGGAGUUCCCAUCUUCGCAGUUGUCUUCCAGCAGAGGAAGACCGCAUCUGGUUAAGUCUCUCUCAUGGUGGUGCUGUUCUCAGCUUGAAUAAUUUGUAUGAUCUUUCUUAAACUCUGCUUUUGCAAAAGAGUUUCUCGCUUCUUUUGGAUCUUAGCUACAAGUCUUAUCAUUUUGGUAAAGUUUGUAUUUUUCUUCCUCCUUUGCUUGGCUGUUUGAUGCUCUCCAAUAAUGAUAAUCCGACAUGGACGGCCUUAAUUUUUCUAAACUUUUAUUGGCAUUGGAUUUUUU